GAGGAGCAGACAGCAACUUGAUUAGCGAGGGUCUUGUCAGCUGUGGCCUUACAGUCCCCCUUCUCUCUUCCUCAAUUGGAGCUCUUGAUCUCCUGAUCAUCUUUUCAGUUUUUCUCUGUGUUUCUAUCUUCAAGUUUUCUUCUUUUUCUCCACAAGAACAUCUUUGUCUGUAUCAUGCUCAUGGAUGGUCCUAUCUCCCCAAAUUUGGACUCAAAUGCUUCUGAACUAGUGAAUCCAGAAACUCAGGCAUCCAAAAGGAGGAAGGUAGUUGAGAAGACUGUUGUUACGGUGAAGAUUAAUGAAGAAAAUGCAGGGAAGCUAAAGAAUGAAGGGCUGGCUUCUGAUUUAUGGUCUUGGAGAAAAUAUGGGCAAAAACCCAUCAAAGGAUCUCCUUAUCCAAGGGGAUAUUACAGGUGCAGCACAUCAAAGGGCUGUUCAGCCAAAAAGCAAGUGGAAAGGUGCAGGACAGACGCUUCAGUCCUCGUCAUCACUUACACCUCAAGCCAUAACCAUCCAGGCCCUGAUCUCCCUCCCAACACCAAACUGCCCGAAGAAACCCAACCCCAAAAUGAAAAUCAUCCCAACAUCUCCAAACCGGAACAAGAACCAGAAGAAAUUCAGAAGCAAUCCAUUGAUGAAGAUCAUUUUCACUACAUAAAAUCCCCGUUAGGCUCUCCCCAAGGCAUCAUAAUUAACCAAGAAGACCCAUUUUCAGAGAAUUUAGAGAAACCCCAUGAGGCAUUUGGAUUUCUCCUGGAUGAAGAGCCCCUCUCUGCUUGCCCACAUCUCAUUUCCACAUUUUCAUCAACAGAUUCAACACCAAAAUCAGAAGACAAUGACUUCUUUGAUGAGCUUGAAGAACUGCCCAUUUCUCUGGGCUUCACAAGCUUCAUGAAGACCAAGUUUUUUGAUGAAGAGAUUCCUGUUGUCCCCUCUUGAUCUUAGUGUUUUUGUGGGUUUUGCAGCCUUAGAAAUUUGUAAUUAAGAUGUUAAUAUAUGAUAUAUUAAUAUGAUAUGCCCACUUAGUUUGGCAUAUCCUAGUUUUUUUCUGUCCCAGGGUAAACAAACUAAAGUUGUAUCACUUUGGGAUGAAAAAGUUAGUGGGUACUGGAUAGAUUUGCAUUUUAUGUGGGAGAUCGAGAUGGAAUUCUCUUUGACAAAAAAAAAAAAAAAAAAAAAAAAACACAAAGAUUCAUGGUGGCUACCUUUUGGUGGGUGGUUGUCGACUCGACUUGGAACGAGUCUGUUGUCGGAGGUACGUUAUUCUUGAAAUAAAAAAAAAAAAAUUCG